CUCGGUUUGGGUUGACGAAGUGACAAGAUGAAUGUUCAAAGGCCCUUAAUUUUACUAAAGGUUCAAAUCUUAAUAGUGCUAACUAGCAAAGGCUUGGCGAGUGGAGAAACCCUUGAUAACUGCUACAGUAAUGUUGUUAGAGUUUCCGAUCCAAAUAUCAUUCUUGACAGCUUCAUGACGGCAAAAAGUCAUUACAACAGCUCCAGUUACAGACCAGCUUAUGGACGUCUGAAUGAUACUAGAGGUACUGGAUGGUGCGCUGGAAAAGAUGAGAAAGAUCAGUGGCUUCAAGUCGAUCUGGGGAAAGUUAUUGAAGUGUGCGCUGUUGCAACCCAGGGAGACGUCAAUGGCAACGAGUGGGUGAUAGACUUUAAACUAGCGCACUCUAAAUCCUAUGAGGACGGGUGGCCAACUUAUAGGGAUGCUAACGGCUCGGAAGUGACAUUUCACAGGGAAGGUGGAUCCCACACAAUUUGCCAACAUCCACUAGAAGUUCCCGUCUAUGCAAGAUACAUUCGUUUUCUACCAGUUACUUGGAAACGAAAUAUUUGCCUUAGAGUUGAGGUUUACGGAACCACUGAGUGUGCGGAGGCUCAAGGAAUAGAAAGCGGUGAUAUCUCCGACAAUCAAAUGAGCGCCUCUUCUCAAUGGAAUAACAAAGAAGCUGCUCAUUAUGGUAGACUUCACCUUAAAGGAACACAGAACUACGCAGGGGGUUGGGUAGCCCGCACAAACGAUGAGAACCAGUGGCUCCAGAUAGAUCUAAUUAAUCGAUACAUUAAAACAACAAGGAUUGCAACACAAGGACGAAACAAUUAUCAUGUGCAAUACGUAACCCACUACAACCUGACUUACAGCAACGACGGAAUAAAGUUCCAAUUUUAUAAGGAGCGUGGACAAAAGGAGCCCAAGAAUUUUGUUGGAAAUACAGACAGAGACACCAUUGUGUACCAUGACCUUUUCCCACCAAUCAGGGCGAGAUUCAUCCGUUUCCGACCUACAGGCUGGUAUAGAUGGAUAACAAUGCGGGUGGAGUUGUACGGCUGUCUAGAAUGUCAAGACGCCCUUGGUAUGGAAAACGGUGCUAUUUCUGACGGACAAAUUAGUGCCUCUUCACAAUUGAGUGCAGAUUAUGCGUCAACUAGGGGCAGACUGAUAUUAAGCGAGGGAGCUUGGUUGCCUCUCGAAGACAAUGUCGACCAGUGGCUUCAGAUUGAUUUGCGAAAUAACGAUACCAUCGUGAAACGAAUUGCAACACAAGGAAUGAGUGCUUCGUCCAAGUGGGUUACCAGCUACAAUUUACAGCAUGGCGAUGAAGAAACUACUUUGCAAUAUUACAUGGAUCAAGGGAAGACAAUAAAAAAGGCCUUUGCUGGAAAUUAUGACCAGAAGACGAUCGUUUAUCAUGACCUGAGCCCCUUUAUCGUAGGACGUUACAUCCGAUUUCGUCCAGUGAACUGGCACGAGGGAAUUGCAAUGAGGGUGGAGCUGUUCGGUUGUUCAGAUGUAGACGAAUGUCAAAAGCGGACACAUAAUUGUCACGAAAUGGCACAAUGCAACAACACUAUGGGUUCAUUCAAUUGUACUUGUCUUCAGGGAUUCUCAGGAGAUGGCGUUCAUUGCUCUGAUAUAAACGAGUGUAAGGACGGCCUGGAUGACUGCGCUCCUAAAGCAAUGUGCUCCGAUGGAUCUUUCACAUGUCAAUGCUCACCUGGUUACUCUUGGGAUGGGCGAUUUUGCGUUGAGAUUGAUGAAUGUGCAACCUCCGCUCAUAACUGCCACGGAGUCGCUCACUGCUUUAACAAUCCUGGAUCCUUUAGCUGUGAGUGCCGGAAAAGCUACAUUGGAGAUGGGAUAUCAUGUGAGCCCGACGGAGAUUUCUCUGUGACCAUCAGAAAUAUUUCAAAGAACAAGUAUCACGCUACGCCUAUUCAGCGUUCAGUCCAAAGCGUCCAACAAGCUGUGAUACAGGGUCUAAAUAAAGAUUUAACCGUACUUCAGAGCACCUUCGAAUGGAGUUUAAUUAGUGAAAAGGAGCUGGAUGCCUCAGAGUCAGCAUCAGGAACUAUUGUCAGUCAAGGAACAACGGAAUGGACGAUAAAAAGACGAUCCCUAUCAGCUGGAAUUUACCAAGUAAUAUUCAAAGCAACAAUUACUGUUGAGUAUCCAGAGUCCCCAAGGACACUCAAUGCCUUUGAUUAUGGCUUCAUUGAGGUUAUUGCAGCUCCAGUGCGAGCUAUCAUCGAUGGAGGAAGCAGUGUACGAUGGGGAUCUAAAACCAUUGUGACUGUGGAUGGUUCCUUGAGUUAUGAUGUUGAUAUUGGCCCUGGGAUGCACACUGGACUCAAUUUUACAUGGUCCUGCCGGAAGGACAGCUCUGUAAACAACACUUGCUUUGGUUCUUUUCUUGGCAUGCCAAACUUUAGCUCCACAGUCAUUAGAGUGGACCCUAGUAAACUGGAAGUCGAAAAGACCUACUUCCUACAACUGACUGUUUCCAAGGAUGUGAGAAGUUCCUUUACUGAAACGUCCUUUUUGAUAGCUGCAAAAGAGGUACCUCAAGUGGCCCUCAGAUGCCUUAUAGAUUGCGGCGAAAGAGUGUCUGCUUCGAACAAGCUCCGGGUGACAUCCGCAUGCUCUAAUGCUCGUUGCAACGGAUCCACCUAUGAAUGGCACUUGUCCAAAUUCAGUGAAUCAGGAAAUUGGGUGAAUGUACCCAUUUUACCCAAUAUGACAUCAACUGCUGCACAUGCAACUAAUGUGAUCAUCAAAAAGAACUCAUUGCAAUCAAAUUGCAAAUAUAAUCUAACAUUAUUUGUAACAUCUUCAGAAGGGGCAUACGGUUUUUCUUCCAUCAUCUUUGAAACCGCUGGGGAGCCGCAUAGUGGUUACUGCACGUCUUCAACCUCUGAAGGCGUUUCAUUAGAGACUGAGUUUGUUUUUAAGUGCUUCGACUGGCGGGAUACGAGCUUACCACUAAAUUAUGAGUUGUCACUCGGAGAGAAUCCAAUAUCUUACGGCAUAUCACCCACAUCUGUAUCGACAGUAUUACCUGCAGGAUUUCCGGACGAAAAUUUUCAAUUAAGAAUCACUAUCGUGAUUAGGAACGCUGUUGGAGUAUCUGUUGUACAGAAAUUACUUAUCAAGGUAAGACCAUCGUCUAGCCUUGAUCCAUGUCUUUCAUCACCAGAAGAAGUUACAAUCAAAUUAAAAAGUUUUGUAGUCGGGGAGGGUAGCAAGCUUAGUGAAUUUCUCGACAGAGGUGAACUCAGCCAAGCUGUUCAACUUGGUAUAUCUGUCUUGAAGUCUGCUAAUGAAAGAACUGAAUGUGGAAAAGCACUGGAACCCAAGGACAAAGCGUUGAUUAUCGACACAUUGAUUAACAAAUUUACAGCUAUAACACCAGAUAAUCUUGAAAUGUCUCGCUUGGUGAUGUCAGUGGUAAGCUUGGCCAUGGGGACGAAGGCUGAACUAAAAUGCGACAGCUGUAGUGACGGUGACAGUGACAGCAACACUGACAGCGCGGUACGCCGUAUUGAUUUUAUUUUUUCUUUUGCUCUUCUAUUCUGUUUGGAUCGCAUAUAUAAAUGUCAAAUCGGUUUUUUACUUAAUAACAAUAACAGUCAAACAAUUCCUCUUCAACAAAAUAAGAUUAAAAAUAAAGGAGGAAAAUAA